AUGUGCGAAGAUGGCCAAAGAAGAGAAGGCCAAGAAAGAAGAUGCUGCCAAGAAAAAGAUGCUGCCAAGAAAGAAGCCGAAGCUAAGAAAAAGUGUGAAGAAAUGGCCUUACAGGAAAAAUGUGACAAGAUGGCCAAAGAGGAGAAGGCCAAGAAGGAUUCCGGCAAAAAAGGAGACAAGAAGAAAGAUUCGGGCAAGGAUGGAGACAAGAAAGGUUCGGGCAAAGGAGACAAAAAGAUUCGGGCAAAGGUGGAGACAAGAAAGAUUCGGGUAAAGAUUCAGGCAAAGGAGGCAAGAAAAAGGGUGCCGGCAAGAAAGAAGAUGCUGCCAAGAAAGAAGCCGAAGCAAAGAAAAAGUGUGAAGAAAUAG